GUACCAAUUGCGGAUGGGUCAGAGGAGAUGGAAGCUGUUAUGAUCAUUGAUGUUCUUCGAAGGGUAAAAACGGAAGUUGUGGUGGCAUCAGUUGGUGAUAAUCUUGAAAUUGUGGCUUCAUGUAAAGUAAAACUGGUUGCAGACAUGCUUCUUGAUGAAGCUACUAAACUUUCAUAUGACCUAAUUGUGUUGCCAGGUGGACUUGGUGGGGCCCAAGCAUUUGCAAACAGUGAAACACUUGUAAAUUUGCUAAAGAAUUAGAGGGAGU